GCUCUUUGAGGCCCAGUAGGAGGGGAUAGUGGUGGCGCAGGUCCGGAUACAAGCGGUUCAGCCGCCCGCCUCCUCCUUGUGUGUUCCCAGCUGUAGUAGAGGGUUAGCCGUGUACCGUCUGUCCGGCCCGCCGGAGCCCGCCUGAGAGAGAUAUGGCUCGAGGACAUCAGAAGAUUCAAUCGCAGCAGAAAAAUGCCAAGAAACAAGCAGACAUGAAGAAGAAACAAGGACACGAUCAGAAAGCCGCAGCUAAAGUAGCUCUAGUAUACACCUGUUUGGUUUGUCGGACACAAAUGCCAGACCCCAAAACCUUCAAACAACACUUUGAGAGCAAACAUCCAAAAGUGCCACUGCCUCCAGAGCUGGUUGACGUUGAGGCAUAGAUGGAAAGGGAUUUCCUUCAUUGUACGACUGUUCACUGGUGGUUUUUCGAAAAAAAGGGGCUUUAGAAAACCAGAUUUCUAUGUGGCUUCCUCAAAGGGAUUCAUACAGAGACCUCUAAAUGUACAGUUAUUUACCAAUUUGUAAAUCUCAAGCUUGGCAACCUCCAAAUUUUUACAGUUGUAAUUAUAUUGAUUUGAUGUCUAUAAUGUGUAUACUUUGUUCAAUAAAAGUAGUACCUUGAUUUUA